UCCCCGCCACUUCUUUUCCCAGGACACGCUAUUUUCGUAUCAUCACAAACACCCAUAUCCUAAUCGUCUGAUAUAUAUCCACAGGCGUGAAAUACUCUACUUUCCAUAUAUCUAAAAUGUCCCCCAAACACAUCGUCUUCGACAUCGUCGGCACCCUAAUCACCUACGACAAUCUCAUCUCCACCGUGAACUCGCGUCUCGGUCCCAAGCUCCUCUCCAAAAACAUAACGCCCACCCACCUCGUCGCGACUUGGUUCGAAGUGGCAGAGCGCGAAUACGCAUACCUUAGUAUUGCAAACGCGUACGUUCCCUUCGAUAUCUGCUUCGAGAACUUGUUCUACAGGACUCUUUAUAUUGCUGGGAUUCAGGAACCGAGGGAGUUCGCGUCUCCUGAGGAUCUAGAGGUCUUGAUGGAUGCGUAUAGGGGGUUAGAUAGCCGAGACGGCGCGAGGGAAUGCGUAAGUCUGCUAACAGAGGCUGGAUUCACCGUUUGGGGGUUUACGGCUGGCGGGCUGGAUCGCGUGCGCGGCUACUUGGAUGAUGGCGGAAUUAGGAUUCCGGAGGGGAGGUUGCUGAGUUGUGAUGAGGCGGGUGUUGGAAAGCCUGAUUUAAGGGCUUAUGGGCCGUUGUGGGAGAGGUUGAGGAAGGAUGCUGGAGCGGACGGGGAGGUGUGGUUUGCGGCGGCGCAUGCGUGGGAUGUUUCGGCUGCGAGGAGGGUUGGGUUCAAGGCGGCGUAUUGUACGGCGCUGGAGGGUGAGGUGAUCCCUCAGCUCUUUGGCGAGAUGGAUGUCGUUGGGGAGUCGUUGGUCAAGAUGGCGGAGGGGGUUAUUGCGGCCAGUCGUGGAUGAUGAGAGGUACUGUUCCUGGCUAUUCAGGGCGUUCUUCUUAGUCCAGGGGAUCAGGCUGGUGAUUGCACCUUGAUCGAAUCCAGGGUUUGAAUAGGGUCGAAAAGCUUAAACAGGCAUGUGAACAGAUAUAACUGCCGAAUGUGACCUCAUUAUUGCACACAUACGGCUUGAAAAGUCUGACUAUGAAUCUUUGUUUGGCCGAUGAGCUGCUGACCUGCGGGAUUGACAGCUCUUCGUCUUCGUCUUCUUCUCGCUCUUCAUUUUCGUCUUCUUCGCUUGUCUAUCGAGAUAUCUACAACUCCUACUCAUAUCACUGUAUUCGCUAGUUUCAGAACAAGCUAUCGAAACUUUGAUAUCACUAUGACAAGCUACACCGCUUAUCUUCAACAUAGCUACUACGAGGACUUCUAUCCCGGUAUAAGUUUGUGGUAUCCCGGCGAGAUGGGCGACGACGACCCUAUCCCCGACAAAUACAGGAGUCUUGUACGUCCCCGUCUGCCUGCCUCCUUCUACGCCGUCACCUCACCGAUCCUCUACCCCGGACCUAUCGACGAGACCUCCAUGGAUGGGAAUGGUUAUGACCUGUCCCCGGAGGACGAUUCCGCCCCUUUUCAG